AUGAAUGAAAACACAAAUGCCGACGACAAAUUACGGUCAAAAGAUACAAGAUGGGAUCGAAUACGAAAGCGGCAUUUGAAUUCCUUAAGUGUAAAAACCGAAACAGUGAAAAAGUUCUUUGCGAUGGAUUUUAUUGGACGGGAUCAAUUGAAGGCUCUCAGUGAAGAUAACUCGAAGAAGAAAGUCCUAGAUCCAGUUUUAGUAAUGAACCUAAGACAUGAAAUGGUUCGCACGAAUGUAACACGAAGGACCAACAUUACCUCAAAGGAAAUCACUAUACAAAGCACAAAAUCGCAUAACAAAAAAGUAGAGGAACAUUAUAUUGAGAAUGAACUAAACAAAUUCAAAAGUGAACUAUCUAGAUCCCGACGAAAGUUUGAAUCUCGACCGAAAAUCUGUGUGAAUCUGAACAAUGAAAGUAUCUUGGAGAGCUUAGAAAAGUGCAAUAAACACACUAUCGAUUUUUAUACCACAGUUCAAAAUGCCUUGCAAAAAACCAACAAUCAAAUAUUGGAGGAGGAAGGCAGUAUUGCAACGAACCAGAAAGCAAUGCAAGUAUCAAAUGAAGACCAUAUGGAUCACCUGGUCUAUGAGAAAAACGUGCGCUUCGAGGAUUCAGUGGAAGUCAUCAACUACUCCCCAAGGGACGAAAUACUGACUGAGAUGUGCUCCUCGAAUACUAGCAGCGACGUUGAUUCCGUUGCAUCAGAUAUUGUUGAUGGCGUCUUCGAGAAUGUCCGGAUGGAAACAGAAAUUGAAAUGGUUGGUAGAUCCUUCGAAGCUUUGCAAAAACCUCCUUCCGAUGCAACGAGUGAUCCAACUGUGAUGAGUCAAGAAAUACCAAAAUCAGCACCGCUUCAAGAGAGUCAACUGCCCUCAUCCGUGGAGUUGCUUCAAGUAAAACGACUCUUCCCACCGGAAAUCAAUCUUAAUCCUCAGAUUGAAAAUCUAGACAGCAACGAUUCAGCUACAACAAAAAGUUCUGAGACUGAAUCUAAAGAGCAAGAAGCUAUAAUAUCUGAAUUAUUCCAGUCAAAGUCGCAAAAUAAGGAGAAGAUUCUACGCGAGUACUUCUUGAAGUGGACACAUGCUACCACUAUUAGUAAAAUUGAAAAAUUAAAUCUGACCAAUAAAAAUGAUCGAUUUAAAAAAAUCAACGCUUUCCUGGAUAAAAUACGACGAGAGAAGCAACUCGGGCCCGCCCACAAACCGAUCCCUGUAAAACCAGAUGUUAAGGAAAACUCGAUUAUAUUGGCCAAGAAAUACCAGAAUAAGAUUAAAAUCCAACAAGAUAUCAUCGAUCUGCAAAAAAUAAAGUUAGAGCGUCAAGAGAGGCUCAUCAUGGAACUGAAAUUGAACAAAAUCAUAGACGAACAUAAGCAAUCGAAGGAAGAAGUAAAGCAGGAACUGAGAACUGUGAUAAAAACAGGCGAAGUGAAAAAUCGAACUAAAGCUAAAUGCCUGCGAAUUGUAGCGAACCUAAGGGAUGAAGAGGAUGAAGAUGAAUUUUCUCGAUUGCGCGGAAAAGCCCUAAUCAUGCCUAAAUUCCUGGUAAACAUGCAGGAACGAGCAAUGGAGAGGAAUGUUAAACAUGAACAAGCAAAACAGCGUAGGUUACAGCAAGAAGCAGAGAGGGAGGCGGCAAAAAUAGCAGCAGAGGAAGCAAAGCGCCUUGAAGACGAAGAAGCCAAACAAAAACGCAUAGAAGCACUUAAGGAAAAACGACGUCUCGAAAAACUUGCCAAACUCGAAAAGGAGCGAGCCCGUCUUCGUGCCAUUGAAAACAAUAAAAAGUGCCAAGAAUAUCGACGCUGUUGGCUCUUACGGAAUAUAGGCAUGGAGGCCUUCAAACGGUUGAUCAAGCGGAAACGGCGAUUUCAAAAAAAGGCGGAAAAUCACAGAAGAACGGUACUCAAACGGAAAAUUUUUCAACUAUGGAUAACUCAUGUUCGUAAGGUUUGGGAGCACAAAAUCCAACUAGCUGACAACUUCUACAUGAAAAUAACCAAACGAUUUGCUUUUCGCGCUUGGUUGGUAUACCACAAUGGGGAGCGAAGCAAAUAUUUAGUGGCGGUUGACUGGUAUGAACUGAAGAUUACUGAAGCGAUUUUCCAACAAUGGCUGGGACUGAUGAAGUUGCAGAAGCUCAUCGAAGCUACAAAGAGUAUUCAAGCAGUUUCACACUAUAAUUGGAGUUUGAGAUGGAAAGUAUUGGACCAUUGGCGUCGACUACCUCAGGUUUUAAAAAUUGAAAAGGAAACAGAAGAACGCAGACAACGGUGGAGAAUGAAAAUUUGGGAGCUCCUACCAGACUACAAGCCUAAUAUAGAUGAAUAA